GUACGCUUAAGGAGUUGCCACAGCAAAAGAGCCUCCUUUCGUCUCUGGAAAAACCCUAGUGCUGCGAAAAGCUUACUGUCACUUCACAUCGGAGAAUCAAUGGAUAUCGAAGAAGAAAUUCGGUCAUUGCAGCUUGAUUCAUCAGAAGACAAUAAUGGGGUGGUUAAUCCGGAAGCUGCAAAGCUGGAACAGAUUGAAGAAUCUGAUAAGAUGGAUGUAGAUUUGAACAAUGAAGCUCACAAAGUGUCUCAGUCGGUACAUGUGGAGCCAUCAAAAGUUAAGGAAAUUUCUGCUCCAGAAGAUAUUGAAGGUCCAGAAGAUGCAGAAGGGUAUAAGAAGCGGCACCUGAAUGUUGUAUUUAUUGGCCAUGUGGAUGCGGGCAAGUCCACAACUGGAGGUCAGAUAUUGUUCCUCAGUGGUCAGGUGGAUGAUCGUACAAUCCAAAAAUAUGAGAAAGAAGCAAAGGAUAAAAGUCGAGAGAGCUGGUAUAUGGCAUAUAUAAUGGACACCAAUGAAGAGGAGAGGGUUAAGGGGAAAACAGUUGAAGUUGGCAGAGCACAUUUUGAAACAGAAACAACCAGAUUUACAAUUUUGGAUGCACCGGGUCACAAAAGUUAUGUCCCAAAUAUGAUCAGCGGUGCGUCUCAAGCUGAUAUAGGUGUACUUGUUAUAUCUGCUCGGAAGGGAGAAUUUGAAACUGGUUAUGAGAGAGGUGGACAGACCCGUGAGCAUGUCCAACUUGCAAAGACAUUGGGUGUGUCUAAGCUGCUUGUUGUUGUAAAUAAGAUGGAUGAUCCUACUGUGAACUGGUCGAAGGAAAGGUAUGAUGAAAUUGAGUCAAAGAUGAUUCCAUUCCUAAGAUCUUCAGGCUACAAUGUAAAAAAAGAUGUUCAUUUUCUUCCUUUAUCUGGUCUGGUUGGUUUGAACAUGAAAACAAGAGUGGACAAAAGUUUAUGUUCUUGGUGGAAUGGUCCAUGCCUUUUUGAAGCCCUUGAUGCCAUUGACGUGCCUUUCCGAGAUCCUAAAGGCCCCUUUAGGAUGCCUAUUAUUGAUAAAUUCAAAGACAUGGGAACUGUUGUUAUGGGCAAAGUAGAGUCUGGUAGUGUGCGUGAAGGCGACAGCUUGUUGGUCAUGCCAAAUAAGGUUCAGGUGAAAGUUUUUGCUGUGUACUGUGAUGAGAAUAAAGUUAAACUUGCUGGACCUGGUGAAAAUGUACGGGUUAGAUUAUCUGGAAUUGAAGAAGAAGACAUAAUAUCAGGAUUUAUCCUGUCAAGCAUUGCAAAACCAAUACCUGCAGUGUACGAGUUUGUUGCCCAGCUGCAGAUUCUUGAAUUGCUGGAUAAUGCAAUUUUCACUGCUGGUUAUAAGGCUGUCUUGCACAUUCAUUCUAUUGUUGAGGAAUGUGAGAUUAUUGAACUGCUGCAGCAAAUUGAUCCGAAGACAAAGAAACCUAUGAAAAAGAAAGUCCUAUUCGUAAAGAAUGGUGCCGUUGUAGUGUGCCGCAUUCAGGUGAAUAACUUGAUUUGCAUUGAAAAAUUCUCUGAUUUCCCACAGCUUGGAAGGUUCACUCUUCGAACUGAAGGAAAAACUGUUGCUAUGGGGAAAGUUAUGGAUCUUAAUUCUGCUAGUUCUAUUUAAACAAUUUUGGCAGAAGAGGCAAACCGAGUCAACGAGGACAACUUUUUGGCAUACACAAAUCAAGCAGCAGCACAAGGGGGUCUCAAUUCUUAGAGCAUGCCCGGCAAAUCAUUAAAAUGCACCCAAGUUUGAUUUACCAUAACAGAGCUCCUUGUAGUGGUUUUGGAGAGUUGGCUAUUGUUUCUGGUGCACCUGUUUUUUGAAUGAAUUUUUAUAGGGUUUCCAAUACUCCAAUAUUUGAUGGGGGUUGAAGUUUGGCCUUGGUUCAUUUUGCCCCCAUUCACCAAUGUUUCUUAUAAUGGUUAUGAGAGAUCAUGUUUUAAGAACAUCUACUUAGAUUUGGGUUCUUUUGCACAUCAAUGCCCUAUAGUCAGCAUAUAGAGUGAUAUUUAUUUAAAUUGCUUGGAGUUUGGAUGACCAGAUAAUUAGUUAUAAAUUUAUUAUUAAUAA